CUCUCGCGUCAUGUAGGUAUUCAGUCUGGGGGUCUACCAAUGAAAUCUUUUCUUUCCUUGCACUGUGACGUGACGUCAUAUAAUGUAAUGUCUUUAGUCUUUUCAUUUUAGAGGGUUUUGUUAACAUUUUGUUCAUUUUUGAAUUAAUUGAAGCCAAAUUACUGUAACUAAAAUUAAUUAAUAAUGUAAAACUCAUAUGAAAUAAAUGUAUUUUGUUCCACGCCUUCUUCGCUUAUUCUUUAUCUUAGAAUAUUCAAAAUCCAUACAUCUCUAGCUAGUCUCUACUCUGAAAAUGAAGUUAGUCUGACAUUUCCUGCAGAAAUUGGGUUGUAAGGAGAUAAUAGACUGAAUUAACUUGGAUCUACUAAAAUUCAGGGACGUUACUAUGGCUAAAAGUAGCAGACCUAGAAAAAAAAUGGAUGCAUAUUUCAAAAACCUGGAAAAAAACACCCACUGCCUCAACCACAACAAAAAGGGCUUCUCCCACACCAAAACUCAAGACUGGAACAUUUUUAGGGAAUUUGCUGAAGAAGUAUAUGAAGAAAAAAAGCAAGACAACCUACCUGCAAAAAAAUCCAUUCCUGCUGCACAGUUACUACCUAGAAAAGAUGUUCACUUAGAAAAAAAAGACGAAAAAGAACAAGACAAUAUAUUGCCAAAAAAACCCAUUCCUGCUGCACAGUUACUACCUAGAAAAGAUGUAUCACUAUACGGAAGAAUUCCAGCAAUGGAACAAAGGGUCUAUAGUAAAUGUAACAAUUGCUGCCGUGUGUUUAAUCCUAAAGACAUUUCAUCUCACCGGACUUGUUCAAAAAUGCAAAACCCGUAUUCUAGUUUGCUACUUAAAAAGAAAGUUAAAAGUAGAAAUGGGAGCAAUAAUGGUAAAAAGGUGAAUUCCAAUGGUAAUUCAAGUUCAACGAAUAUUGUCAGUCCUUUGGGUAUAUCUACUCCUUCUUUGCUAGAUCCAACGAAAGAAUUUGAAUUUAAGAAACCAUAUACGCCACCCCCUAUAAAAGCAUCAAUAGCCACUACAGAUGAUUCUGUUAUUAUCGAUAAGGGAGCUCCGGCAUCACCCCAAUUGAAAGUAUCUGUAACAAAAAUAUCAACACCAGUAACAAUAUCGAGUAUACCAACUUUAUCUACCUCCAGUAAUAAAUCUGAUAGUAAAACAUCCUCUAAAGCGACCGCAAGUGUUCAUCAUAGUCAAAGAAGUUCAGGAGGACGUCACGGCUCUAAGUCGUCAUCUGUACAUAGCCAAGGGAAUCCCUCCUCCUCUUCUGGCCAUCAUGCUUCUAGAAAUUCUUCAUCCAGUCAUCAUAGUCCCAAAAAUCAGUCGUCGUCGUCAAGCCAUCAUCGGUCAAGGAGUCCCUCCAGAGUGCAUCAUACUACAAAAACAACAGUGAAGAGUAGUAGCAGUCAUCAUGGAAAUAGUCACCAUAGUAGUAGUCAUCAUUCCUCCAAAUCUACUUCAUCCAAAGACACGCCAAUGGACACACUGCCUGCCAGCUCAUCCAUUUCACACCAUCAUCAUUCCACUUUAAGCCACAGUUCCAGUAGUAAUAGUAAUAGCAGACAUAAGAAAUCUUCUUCUAGCUCUUCAUCUUCAAAGAGAAGUAGCAGCGGAAGUGGAAGCAGCAGCAACAGCUCUUCAAAAACGUCUCCAAAAAAUUACGACCCCGAUAUUCAUUGCGGAGUCGUCGAAGGAGAUAGAGGGCCUUGUAUGAGAUCUAUUACUUGUUCAAAUCAUAGACUCAAUUUGCGAAAGCAAGUAUUAGGACGCAGCAAAGAUAUCCAUCAAUUAAUAGCAGAAAGAAAGGCCGCAAAAGAGAACGAUUUAAAGCACAGGACCACAUCCCGUUCCUAUACGUCCCCAAACGGGGAAGCAAAAGAAAUACUAAGUCAAAAUACCUCCUACGUUCCUGUUGCGGCCAAAGUUGCAAGCACAAACACUAAUUUGGUGGUUACUAAUUCGUUUGUGCCUAUUUUAGCGAAAAUGUCAUCUGGACAGACUAGAUUUUCUACUGUUUCAAUUCUUACAAAGAAAGUUGGAGGAACCCAAAAGUAUAUGUUACGUACCAAAACCGUGGAAAAUACUGAAGUUGGCGCUGUCAGAACAGUUCCUGUUGUAAUUAUGCCGGUUACUCCUGUAUCAUCUGUAGUGGGUUCUGUCCAGCUUGUCAAGAUUGGCAAUAACCUAAUAUCCUUAGUAUCGCCUCAGUCUGCUCCAGCUUCACCAGCCAGACGACAAAUUAUAAUACCUGUCCAAAAUCAAAAUUCCUGUUUGAAGAUGUACAAGACUCAUCCAAAACCAGUAGGCCACCCAAAUUUCGGUACCAGAAAAUUAGGGGGUGCUUUAUUAUUAGCCAAUCCACUUGCAGAUGAUCAAAGGAACGACUUGGUAUCAACUAUAGACUUUCAACUAGAUACUGUUAAUACUGAAAGAGGAUUAUCAGGACUAAAUCAUACCAACAGCCCAAAUCGAAAAGGCGGAAUGAAACGACCUGCUACCGACAUACUUGCUACUAGCGACAGCAAAAGACAUACGGAUAUAAAUGGAUUUAUGCUGCAUGCUGACAUAAGCGAAUCAGCUGAAGCGCCCCAACUUCAAGGAGAAACAACUGUCAAAACCCAACACGAAUUGAUUAUUAGUCUAAUUGACAAACAUAAAUUUUAGUUAUUAUCAUUUUUUUCUGAAUCCACCCUUUCUCGGCCAAUUGACAUGGAGUGUAAAUUAGUUUGGAAGUUAAUGUAGCAACCAACAAUCCAGGGUAAUGUUCCAAUUUAUUAAAUUCGAAUUUUUAACAAAAUUGUUGAUAUCAUAAGAUAUAAAAGCAUACUUAAGCUGCUCUGAAAUACAGGGUGUCCCAGCUGAGAGUGACCCCUUUUAAAUGCUUAUAACUGUUAAACCAGGUGUGCUAGCUACCUGCGGUUUGCGCCAUUCGACUUCUCUUGGCCUAAAGUUUUUUUCAGUUGGUUGCAAAUUUUUUUGAUAUUUAUUAAGAGCCAGUGAAAAAAAAUCCGUUUUUCAACAUCGAAAUUCUCCUGUAUUUUUAAUGGAACACCCUGUAUAUCACAACGUCAAAAAAAAAGAGUAAUGUUCAAGGUAUCCAUGUACUAAUAAACAUCAUCCUUGAAACUUAAAGUUUUAGCCGUAAAAAAUGUUCGAAAAUGUCUUUUAUCCACAAUUAAGACGGGAGGGUAGGUUGAUCUUGGACGAUAUCUAUUUCCAGCAGGAUGGUGUCCCAGCUAAUUAUUCUUUAAUAGCAACGGAAUCAUAAGGUAUGAUAUUUGGGAAAAGAUGGAUAGGAAGAGCUGGUCCUAAAGAAUGGACGCCGCUUUACUCUUCUGACUUGAAAGUUCCAGACUUUUUUCUCUGGAAUUAUAUCAAGGAGAAAUCCUGUAAGUGAAAUUUGUGUGGAUAUAUUAUCUCGAGCUCUAAGAAUGUUUUACCUUUUUCGAGUUAUUUUUUCCCAGUCCAUUGAUUUCAUUAAAAUGGUCAUCCAAUUCAUUUAUUUGUAUCAUGACUUUCUCUAAAUAUGCCUCCAGAUCGGAUCUUUGUUCGUAACACGUGGCGCAUUACUAGGACUCUGAAAUAAAAAGAAUUAGGCAGCUAAGUACCAGAUAUUUAUGUUCUCCAUGACCAGCCAUCGGGUACUCUUCUUCUUCUUCUUCUUUCAAUGCGUAUCCACUAAUGGAUAUUUGCGAUAACAUAACACUCCUUGCGGUGUGUAUUAACAACUGCACAUCAUGUAACCCUGUCCACUGUCUGAUAUUUCGCAGCCAAGACAUUUUUUUUCUUCCGAUACCUCUCCGGCCUUCGAUCUUGCCUUCGAUCAACAGGUGCAAGAAUUGGUAUUUCGUGUUUCGCAUUAUAUGUCCCAGAUAUGCCGUUUUUCUUUUUUUGGCCAAUUCAAACAGUUCACGUUGUUUGUUGACACGUCUUAGGACUUCUUCGUUUGUUAGUCAAGCCGUCCAAGGUAUCUUAAAGAUUCUACGAUACAGCCACAUUUCGAAAGCCUCUAAUUUAUUAAUUGCAGAAUAUUCUUUAAGCACAUUCGUUUAAAUUGAUCCAUUUUCUUGGUGACUAGGAGCUUGGCUUUGUCACUGGCAACCUGCAGUUUUCCUCUAGUUUCUUCGGAUAAAUUUGGAGUUUUUGGAAAAGUAUCCGCGCUUUUUUCAUCGACAUUAGUCAGUCGCAUUUUUCCUGUGCAAGUUUUAGCAAGUGGUGUCUAUCAUUUCCGACUGUAAAAUAGGUAGCGUUACUUAUAUAAUUACCAUUUUAAAAAUUUGGGGUUCAUACACAUGAGAGACAUACAAAAUUAUGUAAAUUUCGUAAUAACAUAUAAGUACAGCAUUUUUUAUAGUUUUAUGCGGUUUUUAUAAAGUUUUUAGUGCGCAAACAUAAUUUCCAAGCUUUGUUGAUAUGCUAAUAAAAAUACCAGAAUUUCGAUUUUGAUUUUUUAUGGCUAAAACUUCAAGUUUAACAGACAAUGUUUAUUGGUACAUGGAUACCUUGAACAUAAAUCUUUUUUUUGACGUUGUGAUAUACCGGGUAUUCCAUUGAAAAUAGUGGUUAAUUUCAAUGUCGAAAUACGGAUUUUUUUUUACUCGCCCUGUAUAAGUAGCAGAAAAAUUUGCAACCUACUAAAAAAUACUUUAGGUCAAGAAAAAUCUAUGGUGCAAACCGCAGGUAGCUAGCACACCUGAUUUAAAAGUUAUAAGUAUUUAAAAUGAGUCACUUUCGACUGGGACACCCUGUAUAUUGUUACAAUAAUAAUGAUAAUAUAUAAGUGUAGUGCUUUCACAUCAAAGUAGCAUGUGGCGUGCCACUACUAAGAAACAGCAGAAUAUAAAACAAGUCCUACAAUUUGCUAGUUUGUGAGAAGUGUCCAAGCCGCCCCGCAUCAAUAAGCUUCUGGAAUGUUUUUUCUUCAAUCCUGUAGGAGUUUUAGAAUUUCUGUAGAUGUAUUUGUAGCUGCUCAUAUACAAUUAACGUGCUAUGUGCAUCAGCAUUAUCUCACACGUACGGAUUCCAGAACUUGUUUUUCCUUCUCCUCCUUGCAAUCAUAGUAAGUAGCAAUCAAUACAGAUAUCUAGGCACCUGUUUCAACAAUUACCAAUAGAUAACUGAUGAUAAAUGGAAUCGCACUUUGCGACUUUGUUAUCAAAGUAAUCAUAAAAGAUGCAAGGACGUGCUUCCUGCUUAAGCAAGUCACACAUCGCAUAAUACUUUGGUGUGAAAGCCCACAGAUUGAUGAAUUGUAGCUAGAAUACUUCCCAACGCUGUAUAUUGUGGGUGUCAUUAGCCGUGGACGGGUUGAAACUGAUUUAGGGCAUUUGUUAUUAUUAUUUUUUUUAGGAUUUUUAUUUUACAUAUUUAUUUUGCCCUUGUCGGAUUUCUGCACUUUACUGUUUUUGGUAUAAUAAUAAUAUUCAGUUUUUUUCCUAUAUUUCUAUUCCAUUCUUUCACAAAGGUUGUUGGUAGGUAAUUUAAUAAAUUUGGCGUGAAUAUUACCGAAAAUAUAUUACACCAAAAAUUGCGAAAAGUUUAAAGCUAUUUUAAUGGUGGAUAAAACAGAAUUUUUACUAUCUGUAUUUACUUUUAUUCUUAUUUGUGAUUGGAUGAAUGGUUUUAUUUUCAAAUCGAGUAUACAGUGCAGAGGUAACAAUGUAUCAUCCAACAAUGUAAUUUUUAACCAAAUUCUGAUUUCGAUUGAGCGCCAUUUUAAACCAAAAUUUUAAAUGUAGUCAAUUUGUUUUCAUUAGAAGUAAAAUAAUACCUAUAUUUUGUAGGGUUUUCUGGUAUUAUUAAAAAAUGCCGGCAAUUCAAAGUAGUUUUUUGGUUGAUAAAUCAACUACAUAUUAGAUUAAUUAAUUAGAUUGUAAUUUUCUUUCACUUUUGUUUAAACUUUAGAUCGCGUCAGUAAAAUUUCAAGCUCUUUUAAAAAUAAAUCAAUGUUGGUAAUUAAUCUUGAUUUUACAAUUUGGUGGGGUUUUAACUCAUAGAGAAAAGAUCUUCAAUAUGAUGAGAUGGUUCUCCAAUACUUUAAUGUCAAAAGGUAGUAUUUUUCACCCGAGUAAGUUCAGAAAAACUGAAUGCCUUUGAAAAUUAGCUGGGAAGGAAACUUGUUUAUGUCCGCACUGUAUGUACAUAUUCAUUUUUUAUUUGGUCACGAAUUAUAGAAAGGACUUUUUUACUUUCUUUUUUUGAAUUCCUGCUCAAAUAAAAACAUAGUUCAAAUACCAAAUAAAUUAUCCAAUUUAAAUUGGAAAGAUGAAUACAUUACCUAACUAGUAUUUCAGGCGUAUUUAUAUCGGUAUCUAUUUUUUUGAUUCUAUAAAUGUAUUUGAAAAAAUAUGAGUAAAAACUAUAAAAGAACCUAGACAUAAAAAUUCUGCUUUUGAUAUGUUGAAGCCCCCAUUUAAUAUUUGCAGAUCAAUGCCUAGAAAGUGCAGUACAAUAUUGGGCAUGUUUCAAAAAAUUUAAAUUAUUUUCUAAGCCAGGUAAACUAAUUAUUGAUAACCUAUGAGAAUUUGAUUUUCAUAUGUGUAUCUGAUAUUUUGAAUAACCUAUUAUAUUUUAAUGUUAAAUAUUUUUAAAGGACACGAAAAUAUACCAUCUCAUAACAUUUGAAUGUGCGGGUAAUUAUUUUAUCUAACAAAAAUAGAUAAAUAUUAGGAAACAUGCUCUUAAAUUUGAUGUACUUGCUAGCUUUAAUCACUAAUAAUGAAGACAUUUAAGUAAUAGCUAGAACAUAGACUGAAAAAAUUAUUUGCCAUAAUCCUUUUAUUGCACUACAUUUUUUUUUAUUUUGUAUUAUGUGUUCUAUCAAUAAUUAAUCAUUUAUGUUUUACCCAAUAAUCCAAACACUUAUGAGUAUUUAUAGUUAUAUUUUUUACUGUUUAUACAAUAAUUUUCUAUUAUUCCGAAUAUUUAAGAACUGUCAUUAUUAUUUAUUUUGCUACUCCAUUGCACUUUAAUUUUUUCUCGGAAUUUCUUGAGAAAUGAUAUUUAUAUUAGGGUUGUUGGAAAAUGAUUUCAAGUCAAAUUUAGUGGAAUUUUCAAAUUUGAUUCUCGUCAAUUCUAUUGGAAAAUAUUAGCUUUGGCCUAAAGAAAUCUUACAGUAAAUAUACAUAAAUCUCCAAUUGUUUAGUUCAAGCAUAUUGGCAAAAUUUCUCUUUGCAUAUGGGCAUAGAAUUAUAAAAAUUCCAGGUAACAAAAUAAAAACAUACUAAUGUACUGUACUGAUUUGAGAUUGACAUAUUGAAGUCACAACUUCCAAUCAGGUAAACAAAUAUUGUUGAACAGUUUUCAGUAGUAAUUGGUGACCCAAAAUUUAAUGUUGUUCAUCCUAGAGCAGAAUUUUAACAUUUAUUUCAUUUGAAUACUAUCAGGAAUUAUUUAGGAUAAAAAUAGUAUUAUUUCUAAUUAACUCUUGAAAUUAAAUGCACAAAUGAUAUUUUCAAGAAAUAGAUGAUUUUUUCUUAGUAUAGGUAUCUGUGUCAAGGCGUAUACAAGAAUUGUCCAAUAUGUAUUCGUUUACCCCUUGAAAUUUAACUUGAAUAUGCUAUAGUUUAUUUUUCCAUAAGUUUGUUCUUGGAAUUGUUUCAUUAAGUUACUUUAGGUAUAUCAAUACUAUGGUGUUUUUUAUAUAAACAUAUAAACCAGGCGAUUUGAAUUGCUUGGCAAUGCACCCAAGUAUUGUUGGUCGCAUAGGCUGUGACAAACUAUUAAUUGAGUACAUUGUUUUAGAUUAUAGGAAUAUAGCUCUCUGUGUUAUAUGUUUAAUAUAUUUAUUUUUUUUCGUAUUCAAUCAACUAUAAUUACUUUUCAUUUGAAUUUUUCAAAAAUAUAAGUGAUACUUGUUAAAUAUCUUAUGUACCUACUUUGUGUAUUAUGUAUUAUGUUUUAGUUCUAGUGCGUUUUUUCUGUUCAACAGAAAAAUGCACUUCACUCAAUUAAUAAUUGAAAAUAUUUGUUUUGAAAUUUUGUAAAUAAAUUUGGUUCACGACUGUAA